GAAGCAUCUCCGCACAGCAGCAGCGAACCAAACCCGGGCGGGACAGCGCGUCUCCGUCGGUCCCCUCCCGCUCGUCCCCGGCCACUUGUCUCCAACGUUCGGAGCCUUUUGCGCGUCACCGAGGCGAGUUUUGGAUUUUGGCGGAUUUGGAGAAAAGUUUGGGCGCGACACAAAGUUCCUCGAGACGUUGAGGAGGACGAAGAUGAUCCUUCAAGAGGAGCAGCUGCUCCAGUGACCAGAUGGAGCUCUGUUCCAGAGGCGGAGGAAGGAGGAGCCUCCGUCAGGUCCUCCAUCAGGUCCUCCGUCAGGUCCUCCCAGUGGUCCUGCUGUGGUUCAGCCUGCACAGUAACGCGCUGGGCUGCAGCUCCGCCAGCUGUAACGUGGAGCUGACGGAGGCGCAGGGGGAGUUCACGUCGCCCUGCUACCCCCAGAAAUACCCCAAUUCACAGGCCUGCAAGUGGAGCAUGCAGGCGCCCGCGGGCUUCAUCGUCCAGCUCUCCUUCCUGGACUUCGACCUGGAGGAGGCGCCGGGCUGCCUCUACGACCGGGUGCUGGUCCACGCGGGGAGCGCCGACGUCAGGUUCUGUGGGCCGACGGCCAACGGGCUGACGCUCAACUCCACGGGGAACGUGAUGGAGCUGACCUUCACCUCCGACUUCAGCGUGCAGAAGAGGGGGUUCAGUGUCAGCUUCCGACACGUUGCCGUGGCCCUGAGGAACCAGAAGGUCACCAUCUCCAGAGGAAACGCCCAGGUCGCCGAGGUCUCCGCCUCCGUUUCCGUGCCGACGCUUAGUCAGCUGACGUUGUGUUUGGAGGUGGAGCGCAGCAGCCAGAAACAGAGGGAGUGGAUCUUCAGCUACUACGACAGCAGCGGGAUGGAGGCGCUGAGUCUGGGCUCUGACCCGUCCGGCAUGAAGGUCAUGGUGGACGGGGUGGUGUGUCCCGUGGACUCCAUCCUGUCCCCUGCCGACUUCACGUCCUCCAUGAGGCGCUACUGCCUCCUCUGGACGGCGUCUGACGGCAGAGUGGGGGUCCACUUCAACGGGAACUACUGGGCCAAGACCUGCUCCUCCUCCGCAGGCCGCUCGCUGCCGGCGGGCGGACGCUUCCGCUUAGGAGGGCAACAAAGCUUUGACGGGAACGUCUACAACCUCCGCCUGUGGGACUACGCCAUGACGGUGCAGCAGCUCAACGCGCUGAGCUGCGACGCGGUGGGCAACGUCAUCGACUGGGACAACAGCCACUGGUCCAUCCCGUCGGGCUCGGCCCAGACCGACGCCACGCUCAGCUGCAUCUGCUUCCCGCUUUGCCUUCACGUAACCGCCGCCACGCCACCUGGUGGUGUCUCCCCACCCAGCAGCACAGCGCUACCUGCUAGCUGUGACUCCCCCGGACUGGGCUGCCCAGAAGGUUCCUUCUACCGGGUUUCCCUGGUGGUGGAUGGCGGCGUGGCGUUGACCUGGGCUGAGGUGGAGCGAGCUGUGGCUUUGUGGCUCAAUCAAACCUUUCAGAGCUGGACCCAUGUCGUCUACGUGGACUCCAUCAGUGUGGAGGCGGGUUCUCUGAGCGGAGGAAGCCCCACCAGCUUCUGGUGCCGGGCCCUGCUGGUCUACUACCACAGUACCAACGAGAGCCUGGGGGGCCCCGCCCUCUCCGCCAGGCUGUCCUCCAGGGAGGGGCUCCUGGGGGGGGGCGAGCUGCAGAUCGUACCGGCCUCCAUUGACGUCCAUGUAGUGGAGAACUGUGCAGAAGAGAAGCUGCUGCACCACCGCUGGCCUGAGAGCCGACCGAGUGUGACCCGCUACCUGCCCUGCUUCCCCAACAAGGACCAGAGCACCUCCAGGACCUGUCUCAUCAGCACACAGAACCUCUCUUCCUAUUGGUCGACGGCUGACGCCUCAAACUGCACCGACAUCGACAGCAUUGUGGUGUCAGCAGAGAACGCCGCUGAGGUGGCGUCGCAGCUCGCCGUCAUCACCAACAACCAGCUGUCCGAUGAGGAGGUGUCCAAGGUGGUGACGAAGGUGAAGCAGCUGGUGAACGUGGCGGAGAUCAACAGCUUGUUGGCCUCCACCGUGGUCACCAUCAUCUCCAACGUGAUGAGCAGCUCCGAGACGAUGCUCGCUGCCUCCUCCGACAAAGCGCUGAAGACCGUAGACGAGUUGGUUCAGAAGAUCCAGUUUGAGGGUUCGUCCAUCAGCAUCACCUCCAGACACCUGGCCGUGGGGAUCUCCACCCUGGACGCCUCCGAGUUUAAUGGGACCUCCUUCAGCGCCUUCAUGGCUCCAAAUACCACCCACCCACAGAUUGAUUUCCAGUCAGGGAGGAGUAACCCUCUGGCUCAGGUGAGUCUUCCUGCGUCUCUUCUGUCCAACGCGGUGCUGACAGAAGAAGAGAGAUCUUCUCUGUCCAGGAUCAACUUCAUGUUCUUCAGCAGCACAAACCUUUUCCAGAAGGAGCAGGACGGGCGCUCGCUGAACAGCUUCGUGGUGGCGAGCAGCGUGGGGAACUUAUCCAUCCGAGACCUGAAGGACCCGGUGGAGAUCCAGAUCGCUCAUCUGUCUGAGCACCUGCAGACCCACCUGAAUCCCGUCUGCAUGUUCUGGGACUUCAGCAUGAGCGGGGGAGCCGGAGGCUGGAAUGCAGACGGCUGCAGAACCACAGAGUCCUCCAGCAACCGGACCGUCUGCCUGUGUGACCACCUGACCCACUUCGGCAUCCUCAUGGACAUUUCUGGAGCUUCUCCCCACAUCGACUCGGAGAACAACCGGAUCCUGACCUUCAUCUCCUACGUCGGCUGCGGUAUCUCCGCCAUCUUCUCCGCUGCCACGCUGCUCACCUACGUCGCCUUUGAGAAGCUGCGGCGCGACUACCCGUCCAAGAUCCUGAUGAACCUCAGCACCUCCCUGCUGUGCCUCAACAUGGUCUUCCUAUUGGACGGCUGGCUGGCCAGCCUGGACACCCAUUGGCUGUGCAUGUCCGUGGCCAUCUUCCUGCACUACUUCCUGCUGACCACCUUCACCUGGAUGGGGCUGGAGUCCAUCCACAUGUACAUCGCCUUGGUGAAGGUCUUCAACACCUACAUCCGCAGAUACAUCCUCAAGUUCUGCCUGGUGGGAUGGGGUCUCCCGGCGGUCUUGGUGGGCCUGGUUGUGGUGGUGGAUCAGACCUCUUAUGGUCUUCAGCAGUACUCUGGAGGACACUCAGGAGACGGGUCCUCACAGUUCUGCUGGAUCCAGAACCCGGUGGUCUUCUACACGUCCUGCGUGGGAUACUUCUGCCUCGUGUUCCUCCUCAACGUGGCCAUGUUCAUCGUGGUCAUGCUGCAGAUAUGUGGACGCAACGGCAAGCGCAGCAACCGCACGCUGCGAGAGGAGGUGCUGCGUAACCUGCGCAGCGUGGUCAGCCUGUCCUUCCUGCUGGGGAUGACGUGGGGCUUCGCUCUGUUCGCCUGGGGCCCCGUCAGCCUGGCCUUCAUGUACCUGUUCGCCAUCUUCAACUCGCUGCAAGGGCUCUUCAUCUUCGUCUUCCACUGCGCUCUGAAGGAGAACGUCCAGAAGCAGUGGAGACGCUUCCUCUGCUGUGGACGCUUCAGGCCGUCAGAAUACUCAGACGGGAGUAAGACGCCCACCAACAACACCAAGAAGGUGAGCUCGGACCAGCUGGUGAAGUCUGUGUCCUCCGGCUCCUUCGGCUCCUCCUCCACCAGCUGGACGUCCAAAGCCAAGGCCACGCUGAACCCCUUCAGCAAGAGACACAGCAACACGGACAAAUGUUAUUCCAACCAGACCGGCCCCAAGUGCGUCUCCUCCUGCUCUUCGUCGUCCGAGGCAGAGCCCAACUCGUCAUCCUCUUCCUCCUCCUCAUCCUCCAUCCUCCCCGUCAGCCAGAUGAUCGACAAGGUGAGAGGGUACUGCUCCACGCGCUCCGACAACUUCUACAAGAACAUCAUCAUGUCUGACAGCUUCGCCCACAGCACCAAGUUUUAGAGACCUUCCAGAGACCUCCUAGGAACCUUGUAAGGACCUUCUAGAGACCUUCCAGGGUAUUGUUGGGAGUUCCAAUACAAAUAGUGGGAUGGGACACUUGCUUUCUGGUGUGGAGCCGCCGCCCAACCCCAUAGACCCUCUGUGUGUCUCAGUGGAGGAAGAUGUUCUAGAAGGUCUUCUGGAAGCUCUGCCAGCCUCCCUUUGCAUCAGAAUCCCUGCUGAAGAGCAGACAUGAGAAGCCCCAUUUUUCUGCUUUUAAUCGGACUGAUUCAAGAUUUAAUUUCUUUAUAGAAUCUUUGCUUCGUAUCGAUAGAGAGCAAAAAAUAUUCUGCUGAAUGUUCAGAAUGAAACCUGUGAACACGCUGAAGAACCAGCCAGACCAUCAUGGAGCGAGACCCACGUUGUGGCUUCAGAUCCUGGUCUCCUGUGUGGUCCGAGAACGUUGAUGAGAUUCUACUGCAGGGGGGGGGGGGGGGGCAUAAGUAGGUUUUGUUGUUUUCUAUACUGCGAUGUUGCUUUAAACUGUUGGUUUGUGCUUGUGUACCUAAAUGUUAAUGCUCCAUCUAUUAUAUAUUCUAUAUUCUAUGUCUAUAUUGUCGUGUGCUCAGAUGGUUGCUUCGGGUCGUGGGGGGGUCACAGCCAGAACAAACCCAAACGCUAAGAUUCUAAAGAAUAGAUUGUCUCGUUCCAGAAGCUUUCUGGAGCAACUCUCCAAACAUAUUCAUGUUAUAAUUUAUACUUUCAUGAAAAACAAAGACAACAUGCUUAAGUGUAUUUGAAUGGUUAGAAAUAUCUUAGACACUGUGCUGGUUGUAGCAUUGGACCUUUGAAGGACUCUUACUGCUAUUGAUGUUUCAUUCAGCGGUUUGUACCAGCGUCUGUGAGCCUUCAGAAGCCUUCAGUGAGCAGCUGGACGAUUGUGUGGCCAUUUUAUUCCACUUAUGCCUGAAUUAUCUGAAACAUGGCGUUCGAACUCGACACACUUUUCACCACAGAAAAUGUCCUGAAUGCUUUGAAUAAUCCACAGAAAUGAUUCCCGUCUGAAGACUGUUGACUGUGAGGUCUUUGGUUCGUCCAUCUGAGACGUCUCCAAACUGCAGAUCCAGGGAUUCGGAGCUCUUCUGAAUUCCACCAAAAUCCACCACAGUUAUUUGUCACAAAAGAUGAGUCACUGCGUCGUAGUGAUGGAGUCACCAGAGGAGCCUUGUUUAUGGGCUCUGGUAGUUGAGAUGAUCUCCUCUAACCAGCCCCUCGGUGUCCGAUAGCCACCUCCACUAGUCGACGAAAUCAAGACCCCUCUUCUUCCAUUAAACUGCCUCAACUCCCCAUUGAUGCCCCCCCCCCCUCCCCUCAUGAACAAUGAGGGCAUCAUCGGGAAGGAAGGGAUCUCAUCAAAAAACUUCAUCUAACUUUUGGGGACAUCACAAAGCGGAGAGAGGAUGAAGCAAUGGACGCAGCAGCUUUAAGAUAUUCGGUGCACGAUUUUGUCUUCUAGUAAUCGGAUUCCUGGGACAUUAAGGGCAUCGAGUCUUUCGUCUUUUCUGUCCUCUGUACUUUAAUUUAUUUUCCAGAUGUACAGUUUCUCGGCCUCCGUCUCCGUCCAUGGUUCCGUCUCCGAGCCGAGGACGGGGGACACGGUCCUCUGACUCCUUCCAAUAGUCCCAGAUGUUUAAAGAGGAAACAACGAAACCUUCGAAAACUAAAUCCGUGUUUCUGGAUCCUCACGUAGACGCUUCACAUGCUUUUUGUGUUUUGGAUUUCUGAUCAUAUUAAUUGAUGUUGUUUUUUUCUGUUUAGUAUUUGUUUGAUCUAUAAAGUUGUUGUUUUCUGGCUUGUCAGUGAUGUUUUUAGCGUCUCAACAUUAAAGGGAUUUAAA